AUGGAUUAUGUUAUAUGUUCUUCAGAAGAAGAAGAAGGGCAAAUUACUUCUAUAUCAACCUUUCCUACACAUAUAUCUACACUAUCAUAUUGUUAUUAUCCCAAAUCCCAGUUUUUCAUAGGAGAUAAUCAUAUUCCUAGACUUAGUGACUUUCAGGAAAGUUCUUCUACUUCACGUAUAAAAAAAAAACUUAAUAGGGAAGUUUUUGAUUCUGGUAAUUUAUGCAGAGAUAAAUCUUUUUUUGACAAUAAAUUUACAAAACAAACAAAAAGUUCUACAAAUGAAAGUAAGUUAACAAGUCCCGUUUUGUAUAAAAUUAAUGCAGAUUUAAAAGAAAUAGCUUCUUUUCAUUUCUUAAAAAAAGGCAUAGAUUUAUAUUUAGACCUUUUUAAUAAAUUAAUUUAUCAACAGAAUAAAGAAAACAUAAUUUUCAUUCAAGAUAGUGUUCUUACAAAAAUUAAUAAUUCAAAAAUAUUUGUACAUUUUAAGAUACUAAAAAAUAAGAAUAUUAUAUUUGAGGAUUCUUACUACAGGGUUGUCGAUGUUUAUGAAUAUUUAGAAAUGACAUUUGAAGAAAUUUGUAAAGAAUAUAAAAGUACAGAAGAAAGAUGGUACAAAUAUUGUGGUUAUGAUUUACUAGUUUAUUCUUCAUCCUGUUUUAAAAGAGAUGAUAAGGAAUACAGAUUUUUUAAUGGGUUAGAUUGUAAUAAAAAUUAUUUAGCAAUAGUGAACUAUAAAAAUGUAAGUAUUAAACACGUUGAGUGUAAAAAUAAUGUAAAUCUUGAUUUUUUAGAGGAUAUUUUAAGUAGAGAUUUAGAAAUAGGAGAUUAUGCAUAUAAUAAUGGAAAUGUGUAUAAAAUAGGCCUAGAAGGUGAUCACAUCCCUUAUGAAGGUAUUAAUUACGCUUUAAUUAAAUAA